UCUCCUGUUGGAAUACAGCCGCCAGCUUCUGGAGCCACCCGCAGUCCUCAGGAACCGUCAAAAUGCUGUACUUCGUCUUCGGUGUAUUGAUCAUCGCUUCCCUCGCCUCGUGCAGGCCGCAAGCUCCGUUCUUCCCCAGGACGCCGAUAGCGCCGCAAGGGUUCAUCCCCAUCGUCAGCCAGAUCUACGACCUCAACCCCCUCGACAACUCCUACAACUUCAGGUAUGAGUCGGCGGACGGCAGCUCGCGCCAGGAGGCGGGCGUGAUCACCAACCCAGGCACCGCGGUGGAGGCGUCCGCCGUCACCGGCUCGUACGCCUACAUCGCCCCCGACGGCACGCCCAUCACCGUCAACUACGUGGCCGACGAGAACGGCUUCCAGCCCGUGGGCACCAGCGUGUCGGAGCAGGUGUCGCGCACGGCGGCCCAGCAGGCGGCCAAGGCGCGUGCCGAGGCCACGUUGCCCGGCUUCUUGGGCCCGCAGUACCCGGGAGUCGUCGCCUAGGCGGGCCCAGGUCGUCGCCUAGGCGGGCCGGGUCGUCGCCCGGGCGAAGCCAUGAUGUCAGCCGGCCAAAGCCAGGUCGUCGCCCGGGCGAAGCCAUGAUGUCAGCCGGCCAAAGCCAGGUCGUCGCCCGGGCGAAGCCAUGAUGUCAGCCGGCCAAAGCCAGGUCGUCGUCCGGGCGAAGCCAUGAUGUCAGCCGGCCAAAGCCAGGUCGUCGCCCGGGCGAAGCCAUGAUGUCAGCCGGCCAAAGCCAGGUCGUCGCCCGGGCGAAGCCAUGAUGUCAGCCGGCCAAAGCCAGGUCGUCGCCCGGGCGAAACCACGACGUCGCCUAGGCAACACUUUACGAUUUAAUAAACAAGGAAUAUUUAUCUCAGAAA